AAAAUUCUAUGUUUAGCAUGGUCGUGGAGUCGCCUUUUCUACCGGUAAUUUCAAUAUUUGUACAUACGUUCAUUUAUACAAGGAAGAAAUUAAUCUAAGUCUAUUACUGUUGUUUGAACAAUGGGGUCUUAUGCUUCAGAGCCAAAGGUUGAUAAGGAAUCUUUAGAUGAAUACAAUGAUAGAAUGAAUUGUAGUGCGAGUUCUAUGCAAGGUUGGCGCGUAAGCCAAGAGGACGCUCAUAACUGUCUGUUAAAUUUUGAUACAAAUACAUCAUUUUUCGCUGUUUAUGACGGACAUGGGGGCCACGAAGUGGCCCAAUAUUGUUCACAAAAACUUCCAGAUUAUAUCAAAACUACCCAAGCUUAUAAAGAAGGAAAUUUUGAAAAAGCACUUAUUGACGGCUUUUUGAAUUUUGAUCAUACAAUAACAACUGAAGAAGUCAUAAAAGAACUAAAAGAAAUAGCAGAAACAGAAGAGGAUGUGGAAGACGAAGAUGAUGAAGAGAAUGUCGCUCAUCUUUAUGAAGAAGCUACUAUGCCAAUUGAACAAGUUAUUGAGAAGUAUACAUCCAAUGCUUUGAAUCCUGUUGUCAAAUCUUUGAAAAAGGGAGAUAAGCCUCCUAAAAGUCCAUGUUUAAAAGCCAAACAACUAAAUGAUGGAGGUGAAGGUACUUCAUCCAUAAAACCAAGCAAAUCAGAAAAUUAUGAAGAAGCUGGAACUUCAGGAUCUCAAAAUGAUUGUUCUAAUGAUACAAAACACUCAGUUGAAGAAGAAGUAAAACAAGAACCUAGUAAAGUUGAAAAUGAUAUUCCAAAAAUUGAAAUUACACCGGACAGUACUGAAGCUAAUGGUGUCUCACCAAAGAAGGAAGACACAGAAACUAUUCAGAAUGGGGAUAUAGCUGAAGAUAAAAUAGAUUCCUCAGAUAUACAGGAGAAUGGAGAAGAAUCGCCUAAAGGCAAAGGAAAGGCCAAAAUGAAGAGAAUUACUCCUGUUACAGUUCGAACUAGUUCUAGACUUAAAGAAUCAUCUAAUUCUUUGUAUAAAAAAUUGCUUGUUCUUGAUGGCGAUGAUGAGGAAGAUACAGAGGAUGAAGAUGACACAACAUUUGAUGGUGGGCAAGAAGAUAGCUCAGAAGAUGAUGAAAAUUCUCUGUUAGAAGAAGAAACUGAUGAUAGUUCAAAUGAUGAUGAUGAUGACGAUGAAGAAGAAGAUUCCAUGGAUAAUGAAGAAAUGUUGGAAUUCACUAGAAAUAUGAAGGAUGAACCAGGUUCUGAUAGUGGUUGUACAGCUGUUGUAGCUCUUCUUAAAGAUAAAAAAUUGUGGGUUGCAAACGCAGGGGAUUCUAGAUGUGUUGUAUGUCGAAAUGGUAAGGCCAUAGAAAUGAGUUUCGAUCACAAGCCUGAAGACGAACCAGAGAGGGCUAGAAUAGUUAAGGCUGGGGGACGUGUUACUAUGGAUGGUAGAGUAAAUAAUGGAUUAAAUCUUUCAAGAGCCAUUGGAGAUCAUGCAUAUAAGCAAAAUACUGACUUGGGACCUGAAGAGCAAAUGAUAACAGCAUUGCCAGACAUUAAAACUCUAGAUAUUGAAGAAGAUGAUGAAUUUAUGAUUUUAGCAUGUGAUGGUAUUUGGAACUUCAUGUCCAGUCAAGAAGUGGUUGAUUACAUAAGGCCGAAAAUCAAAGAAAAUAGGGAAAAAUUAUCAAGCAUUAUCGAAGAGCUGUUUGAUCACUGCUUAGCACCUCACACAAUGGGAGACGGUACAGGAUGUGAUAACAUGACGGCAAUCAUAGUUCAAUUCAAAAACAACCGUAAGCGAUUGGCUUCACCAGAUAAAUUAGAAAAUGAAUCUGUUAAAAGGGUAAAAACUGAAAGUGAAGGAACAACGGUUCAGUGAUUUAAUUUGAGAUGGAAUUUUUCUUGUCCAUCAUUUCGUUCAAUGAUGAAAGUUUAAUGUUGUCAGAGAUAAUUUUGUGAAUGUAUGUCAUUAGAAGCAUUUCAAGUUGUUGGAGUUGGGAAAGGAAAUCAGUUGCAAAAACAUUAUUCUCUUUGGUCAAACGAUUUUGAAAUAAAAUUGACCAAUGAUAACGGAACGUAAAUUGCAUGUAAGUGAAUUUGAUACUCAGAAUAAUGAACAUAUUUUAUGCUUAUUACUCUGAGAUUUGAUAGAUCAACAUCUAUUUGAUAUUUCUUGAUCAAGCAAUCAAAAAAUGUUGUGCAACCCAUUUCUAAAAUGUAUCUCUGAUAAUGUUCAAAACUAAAUGCAAGGGGAAUUUUGUUUAUCACGAGUAAUUUUAAAUUUUUAUCAUUUUAACCUUUGUCUUGAACAAAGCAUAGACGAUGAUAAUCAUCUAAGUAAUCCCAUUUUUUUUAUACAUUCAUAAAUUGACAUUUAAUACUUUUUUGGAUAUUUUGUCCACCAUAGGUCAGCAGGUGCCUUCAGUUAUUAAAAGCUAUGGUGUUCAAAAAUCGUCACUUUUAAUUUCUGUGUAGGGUUCCACUUUUACUGCUCCAUUGUUUUUAUUUAUUCCUUCCUAGUUCAAUACAUGUUUACAUUUUGUCUGAAACGAUUAUGUUUUUGUUAAAAUACAUGUAAUAAAUUAUAAUUUUUAA